UCGCACUCUCAUACCUUAAGAAAAAAGAUCCAUAUUUUUUUUGUGUGUGUAUACUUCCAAACUCCUCCCUCCCUCUGGCUUUAAUAACAAGCCAUCAGGACUCAAAAGUUUUGCGUCAAACAUCAAGUCCUUGCUUCGAUUUCAUGCAUCCACACCCUCAAAACCCUUACCAUCUCAACCGGCAUGGCCAUUUUUCCAUUUCUCAAGCCUUAAAUCUACAUCCAUUCACCAUUUUGUUCUUCUUUGAGUUCAUGUUUUAGAUUUUUGGCGGCCAGAGUUUGAAGCCGCCUCCUUCCUCCUGACGUGCAUUGUUUCCAUGCAUUCUCUCCAUAGACACUGCACUCAACUCAGAUAACCCAAGCAGUAUCAUCACCAUAAAACUAUAAAGGUGGUAACCCAAGCAGGAGAGCAACAGAGAAGAAAACGCAAAUGAAGAUAUCCAGGAGCAUUCCUUGCACGUCGGUCCUCCUUGUCCCAUUCCUCUUCAUGGCCAUGGUCUCUUUCUUGAAGACCGCCACUUCCCUCUCCCCUGAUGGCAAGUCCCUGCUCUCCCUCUUAGCCGCCGCCGCCGCCACCUCGUCGUCCUCCGUCCUCCUCCCCUCAUGGGACCCGUCCGACCCUGACCCCUGCUCCUGGAAGGGAGUCACCUGCUCGCCUGAGGGCAGAGUCGUCUCCCUCUCCCUCCCCAACACCUUCCUCAACCUCUCCCACAUCCCUCCAGAGCUCUCCUCCCUCACCUCCCUCCAACUCCUCAACCUCUCCUCCGCCAACAUCUCCGGCCCCAUCCCCGCCUCCCUCGGCGCCUUGUCCUCCCUCCGCCUCCUCGACCUCUCCUCCAACUCCCUCUCCGGCGCCAUCCCCUCCCAGCUCGGCUCCCUCUCCUCCCUUCAGUUCCUCCUCCUCAACUCCAACCACCUCUCCGGGCCCAUCCCCGCUACCCUCGCCAACCUCUCCUCCCUCCAGGUCCUCUGCCUCCAGGACAACCUCCUCAACGGCUCCAUCCCCUCCCAACUCGGCUCUCUCCUCUCCCUCCAGGAGCUCCGCAUCGGCGGCAACCCCUACCUCGCCGGCCAAAUCCCGCCCCACCUCGGCCUCCUCGCCAACCUCACCACCUUCGGCGCCGCCGCCACCGCCCUCUCCGGUCCCAUCCCCGCGGAGUUCGGCAACCUGGUCAGCCUCCAGACCUUGGCGCUCUACGACACCUACGUCUCCGGCUCCAUUCCGCCCGAGCUAGGCUCGUGCUCCCAGCUCACCAACCUCUUCCUGCACAUGAACAAGAUCGCCGGCUCCAUCCCCCCCGAACUGGGCAAGCUGCAGAAGCUCACCAGCCUGCUUCUCUGGGGGAAUGCAAUCGUGGGGCCCAUCCCCCCGGAGCUUUCCAACUGCUCGGCUCUGGCGGUCCUCGACCUCGCCACGAAUAAGCUCUCGGGGGCAAUCCCCGGCGAGCUCGGGAGGCUGGGUCUCUUGGAGCAGCUCCACCUCUCCGACAACAUGCUCACAGGUCCCAUCCCCGAGGAGCUGAGCAACUGCAGCAGCCUAACUGCUCUCCAGCUCGACAAGAAUGCACUGUCCGGGCCCCUUCCUCGCCGGAUUGGGAACUUGAACUUGCUGCAGAGUCUCUUCCUGUGGGGAAAUUCCAUAUCCGGAGCCAUCCCUCCAUCGCUCCGCAACUGCACCGAUCUCUACGCCCUCGACCUCUCCGAGAACAGCCUUUCCGGGACGAUCCCGAGUGAGAUUUUUGGCCUCACGAAGCUCAGCAAGUUGCUUCUUUUGGGCAACUCCUUGACCGGAGAGCUGCCCAAAAGCGUCGCCGAUUGCCAGUCUCUGGUGAGGCUCCGGCUUGGAGAGAACCAGCUAUCCGGCGAGAUCCCGAAGGACAUUGGCAGGCUUCAAAAUCUCGUCUUUUUGGAUCUCUACACCAACCGAUUCUCCGGGAAGCUGCCUGCCGAGCUUGCCAACAUCACGGUUCUGGAGCUGCUCGACGUCCACGACAAUCGCAUCACAGGAGAGAUUCCGCCGCAGCUGGGGGAGCUGAUGAACCUUGAGCAGCUCGAUCUUAGCCGCAACAGCUUCACCGGGGAAAUCCCUUCCAGCUUCGGUAAUUUCAGCUACCUGAACAAGCUCAUCCUCAGCGACAACAUGCUCGCCGGGUCGUUGCCCAAAUCUAUAGGGAACUUGCGCAAGCUGACUCUGCUAGAUUUAAGCGGCAAUAGCCUUUCGGGUCCGAUUCCUCCCGAGAUCGGCUCCUUGACGAGUCUGACGAUUGAUCUGGACUUGAGAUCCAACCAUUUUGUCGGAGAUAUCCCGCACGAGAUGUCCGGUUUGACUCAGCUGCAGUCGCUGGAUCUUUCCAGCAACAUGCUCUACGGAGGCAUCGCAGUCUUGGGUAUGCUCACAAGCCUCACUAGUCUCAACAUCUCGUACAAUAACUUCUCCGGUCCGAUUCCGGUGACUCCAUUCUUCCGAACUCUCUCGGCAAAUUCCUACCUCGAGAACCCAAAUCUCUGCGAGUCUCUCGACGGAUACACCUGUUCUUCGGACCUCGUGCGUAGAACUGCCAUGAAAUCCAUAAGAACAGCAGCUCUUGUCAGUGCCAUUCUGGGCUCCGUCGCUGUGCUGCUCGUUGCGACGUGGAUUCUGGUUGGCAGGAAAGGGAGGCUUGCAGCGGAGAAAGCAAUGGCCUCAGCAUCCUGCGGAGCUGAUGAUUUCUCGUAUCCAUGGUCCUUCAUCCCGUUUCAGAAGCUAAGCUUCAGCAUCGGCAGCAUUUUGGAGUGCAUAAAGGACGAGAAUAUCAUUGGAAAAGGGUGCUCUGGGGUCGUAUACAGAGCCGAGAUGCCGAAUGGGGAACUCGUCGCUGUGAAGAAGCUCUGGAAAUCGAAGAAGGAAGAGGAGACGGUCGAUGCAUUCGCUGCAGAGAUUCAGAUUCUUGGGCAUAUAAGGCACAGAAACAUUGUGAAGCUGCUUGGUUACUGUUCAAACAAGUGUUCCAAGCUCCUCCUCUAUAACUACAUCUCCAAUGGCAAUCUGCAGCAGCUCCUGCAAGAGAACAGGAGCUUGGAUUGGGAGACGAGGUACAAAAUCGCGGUUGGAUCGGCACAAGGUUUGGCCUAUCUCCACCAUGACUGUGUUCCGGCCAUUCUUCACAGGGAUGUCAAGUGCAACAACAUACUAUUGGAUUCAAAAUAUGAAGCUUAUUUGGCUGACUUUGGGUUGGCAAAGCUGAUGAACUCCCCCAAUUUCCAUCACGCAAUGUCCAGGGUAGCAGGCUCUUACGGCUACAUAGCACCAGAGUAUGGUUACACUACAAAUAUAACAGAUAAGAGCGACGUCUACAGCUAUGGCGUGGUCCUUCUAGAGAUUUUGUCUGGGCGCAGUGCCAUUGAACCAAUGGUUGGUGAUGGCCUCCAUAUCGUGGAGUGGGUGAAGAAGAAGAUGGGAAGCUUCGAGCCUGCGAUCAACAUCUUGGAUUCAAAGCUGCGAGGCAUGCCUGAUCAGGUAGUUCAGGAGAUGCUCCAGACGCUGGGGAUCGCCAUGUUCUGCGUCAACUCGACUCCAUCGGAGCGGCCCACCAUGAAGGAGGUGGUGGCAUUGUUGAUGGAAGUGAAAAGCCCUCCUGAAGAAUGGGGAAAGACUUCACAGCAGCCUCUCAUAAAGCCUGUGAACCAUGGUUGAUGGAUUGGUUCUUUCUUACUCAAUUCAUCCUUUUCUGAUGCAUAUCUCGAUGAUAUUUCUGUGGUGCCUGAAAGAUGGUAGAUUCUAUCCAGUCGGGAAUAGGAGGAAUAGGAGGUUUUGGGUGUUUGUUCGAUGUUUGUGAUGGGAUUGUUGUACAGUUUCUCAGAACUAUGGUUUAUUUAAGUUACUUCAUGGAAAUUCAUGCAGCAUUUUCUCUUUCUAA